AUGUCUUCUAAUCAACCCGAGGAAGAUAAGGAGACUAGCUUCAAAAGAGGGCGGUUGAGUAUUGCUCUAUUUCUAUUGCGGCCUCGCUUCUCACAGCUGUCCUCGACCUUGGGGGCUCUUCCACGAAGACAUUCAAGCUUUCGAAAUGCAAGUCGAAGGGAUGUUGUUGAAUUUCUUGAUGAAUAUUUUAACCGUACAGAGAUACCGUGGAGCGAUGACGAGGCGUCCAUUCACAGGCAGUACGACGAGGUUAUGGAGAUUAUGUGGGAAAUGGAUGACAAUAUUCGAUUACUCGAUCUAGUUUACCAGGCAUCCCCCUCCUCGACCAUUAGAAGGGAUAUCUCCCAGGCGGUUGAAUGGUGGAGGCAAGCACUUCUCUUGAUGUCCGAGGUUGACCAAGAUCCAUGGUCACACUAG